AUGCCCCUCGAAAAAUCCUCCUACCUCAGCGACACCUGGAAAGACGGCCUCUUCAAGAACAAGGUCGUCUUCUGCACCGGCGGCGCAGGCACGAUCUGCAGCGCGCAAGUCCGCGCGCUGGUCCACCUCGGCGCAAACGCCUGCAUCGUCGGCCGGAACGUCGAGAAGACGGAGAAGGCAGCGCGGGAUAUUGCGACGGCGCGGGCUGGCGCGAAGGUGCUGGGCAUUGGGGCGGUGGAUGUGCGCUCGCUUGAGAGUCUGCAGGGGGCUGUUGAGCGCUGCGUUAGCGAGCUGGGUGCGAUCGAUUAUGUGAUUGCCGGUGCGGCGGGGAAUUUCCUUGCCUCGAUCAACCAGAUCUCCGUCAAUGCGUUCAAGAGCGUGAUGGAGAUUGAUGUGCAGGGGUCCUACAACACGCUCAAGGCAACGAUCCCGCAUCUCAUUGAGUCCGCGCAGAAGCACAGGGUUGACUCGACGUCAUUAAAGCCUUCGCCGACUGGAACAGGGGGCCGCAUUAUCUUCGUCAGCGCUACGCUGCACUACACGGGCACACCGUUCCAAGCACACGUCUCCGUGGCGAAAGCGGGAAUUGACGCGUUGUCGAAUUCCGUCGCUCUUGAGUUCGGGCCGUUGGGCGUGACGUCGAAUGUUAUUGCGCCUGGUCCUAUUGCUUCGACGGAGGGCCUGGACCGCCUCCUUCCCAGCGACAAACUCGACAAGAUCAAACGGUCACAGCCUCUGGGGCGGUUUGGCUCCGUCCGCGACAUUGCCGAUGCCACUGUGUACCUAUUCGCCGACACGGGCAGCUACGUGAGCGGUCAGAUUUUAGUUGUGGACGGCGCAAGCUGGCGCAUUUCCUCUGCCGGCAUCGGGUCAUCUGACUACCCCGAUUUCCUCCUUUCAGGGGAUACCUUUGAGAACGUCAAAGGGAAGAAGAAGGCGAAGCUCUGA